GAGGCCAGAUUUCUUUGUGCAUGCUAACACAGAAAUUUAUUCGUCGCUUGGGCUGACGACGCUUACGUUGACAAAAGUGUCCUUUCCUUUUCCAGAACAGUAAUCAUCGGAUCAAAAAUGGCUCUUUAGAAAAGGCUGUAGAGGUGGCACUAGCCGCGUCUGAUUCGAGAAAAUGGCUUUUGUUGCCAAGGGAGGAUUAAUUUUAGCCUAUCUUGUGUUCAACUCGUUUGCCUUGAAGCUGCAACGAAGAAAUGAAGAUGUUUAUGGAAACACAUGGGUGGUCUAUGUCGAAAGGGAAAAGAGAUUUGUCGACGAGUUGGCAGAGAAAAAUGGUUUUGUAAACAGAGGAGAGAUUUCAGGCUUUCCUGGACAUUUCUUAUUUGAACACAAAACACUCGGAAAGCGGCGAGUUCGCAGAGGUGCACCGCAACACACGAACAGUCUGUUACGUGAACCUUUUGUGAAAUUUGCUCGCCAGCAGAAAGUUUUGAGAAGGACUAAACGAGGAUAUUUUUUAGACCCUUAUUAUAAAGAUCAGUGGUAUUUGAACAACUCAGGACAAACCGUAGGACCACGGGGAUUUGACAUCAAUGUGGGACCAGUAUGGCGAAGAAAUAUCACAGGUCACGGUGUGGUUGUUACAAUUUUGGAUGAUGGUAUUGAGUACACUCAUCCUGAUCUUAAAGACAAUUAUGAAGCAAAGGCUAGUUGGGACUUUAAUAGUCAUGAUAGUGAUCCAAUGCCUCGUUAUAGCAGAGACAACAUCAAUAAACAUGGCACAAGAUGUGCAGGGGAAGUAGCCGCUGGUGUAAAUAACAACAAGUGUGGAGUAGGUGUGGCUUACAAUUCACGCAUUGGAGGUGUGAGAAUGCUUGAUGGGGAUGUAACAGAUGCCAUCGAGGCCUGGUCACUAGGUCUAAAUAAAGACUUCAUUGAUAUCUACAGCAGCAGCUGGGGCCCAGAUGAUGAUGGAAGAACUGUGGAUGGCCCAGGUCCUAUGGCCAAGAAAGCAUUCAGAGAAGGGAUCAGAAAAGGACGUGGUGGUCUGGGAGCCAUCUUUGUCUGGGCCACAGGUAAUGGUGGACACUACAAUGACUACUGCAACUGCGAUGGCUACAUUACAAGCAUUUUCACUGUGUCUAUUGGCGCUGUCAAUGAUCGUGGCAAGUCACCGUGGUAUGCAGAACCAUGUCCAUCAACUCUUGCUGUAACCUACAGCAGUGGUGAAACUAGAGGGGCAGACAAGCAGAUUGUUACAACUGAUUUGCAUCAUCAGUGCACAAAAAGCCACACAGGCACAUCAGCUGCUGCUCCUCUGGCUGCAGGUAUAUUUGCUUUGGUGUUAGAGGCAAAUCCGAAAUUAAGCUGGAGAGAUUUGCAGCAUCUUGUUGUUGAGACUUCCAAAGUAACUGAUCGGCUGGACAAAGGCUGGCAGAAAAAUGGUGCUAGAUAUCGUGUGAAUCACAAGUAUGGGUUUGGAGUGUUAGACACAGAUGCUCUUGUGACAGCAGCCACCUCUCCUACCUGGAGACCUGCUCCUGAGCAACACAUGUGCCGAGAACAGGAUCACAUGGAUAACAAGAAGAUCCCAGCCAAAGGGACUCUCACAUCAACAAUUCUAAGUUCUGGCUGCUCAAGAAAGAUAAACUGUGUUAUGAAACUAGAACAUGUACGAGUGUACAUAACACUGAGUCAUAAAUCAAGAGGCUCGUUAAGAAUUGUUUUAACUUCACCUGCUGGUACUAAAUCCGAGCUUUUAGCCCCAAGAGACAGAGAUUAUUCUAGUCAUGGUUUUCAAAACUGGCCAUUUAUGACUGUGUUUAGUUGGGGUGAGAAUCCUGCAGGCCUCUGGAAGUUAGAGGUUACUGAUACUAAGGGUUUUGAGGGAGAGUUCAAAAAGUGGUCCAUUAGACUUUAUGGCACAUGUGAAGAUCAUCUGAACAUCACACCAAAUGAUUCUAAAAUGUGCAGCAAAGUUUGUAGGAAAGGAUGUGAGGAACCCUUCAACACUUUGUGUCCCAACUGUUCAAUGCUGUGCCAUUGUGAUUUAGGAGAGUGCCUGCCCCUGUGUAAUGCCGAUGAUGAUGUCGAUCAAGAACGAAAAGAAUGCCAUAAGAGUGCAUUGGGCGGUGGACUCAGGAUUGACGAUGAAGAUGAUGAGCAGGAUGUUACCAAGACUCCAACCAUCAAUAUGCUGCAUGAUCAGGGAAUAUCAACGUUUAUGAAGUUACUUAUCAUUUUUAUUCUUGUAGCUGUUAUUUUAACAGCUGUGCUCAUCAUGUGGCACUUCAAAGUCAGUCAGAAAGGUUGUUGGGCUAUCCCAGAUAAAAUAACCAAUCAGAACCGUGCCAUCUCCCAAACAAAUGUGGGAUAUUGGCCUGUCUCUGUUACACCUGAGGUGAACAGUCAGAACCUUAAAGGACUAGGUAACUUAAAGAUGUAGGUUAUUACACAUUUCUUUUCUCAAGUUUCUGUAUUAUACUGUGUCCAUGUGGGGUAAGUGUUACCCUACCAUGGUCAGAAUUCUUUAUUCUUUUGAAAAUCACAAUCAUUUUAUUUGUUAAUUCAUUUUGAUAAAGACGACAGUCUAGACUUGUUAUUUGACAAAUAUUUUACUCUGGGUGUGAAAGUGCAUAACCAGUUCAUGGUAGGGUUUUGGUUCCAAAUAACCACAAAUUUAUCUGACUAAAGGAAAACUGUUACCUCCUUUAGCACUACUAGAGAGCUUUCCUUGAUCCUAUCCAUCUAGUAUGGUAUCCUUAGCACUUAAGUUUAAUAUUUUUUGUAGCACUUGCUGGCAAGAAAUACACAAACUAUACUGGCCAUUAUUUCUUUGAUCAGUGUUUCAAACAAGAAAGAACUUUUGUACUUUUAAUUGUAAAAUGCUGUACAUAGAGUACAUUAGAUUGAUUUUUUAUAAUUGAUUUGACAAAAACUGUUUUCUAUUGUAUAAACAAAUUUGAAAACACUGUAGGUGAAUGUCAUGAAAUAAUGCCCAAUACAUUAGUACAUUUUUUUUACUUUUAAAUAAGCUUGUUUUGAUUUUAAAACAAAAAGGCAGCUGCAUCAGCUUCCUUUGGUCAUGUUUCUCUUUCUUUAAUUACAUUUUUUCACAAAUUUCAAGUAUACAUUAAGGUGGAAUGAAUACCACUACAAAUUGUUCUUGAACUUUUCUGCUAAAUGAACAUAUAAACAUAUUUGUGAAGAGUUUACCUCUCAAAUAAUGAUACAGUAUCAAUAAAAUUGCUUUCAUUUUGAAUACAA